AUGGCAUUAAUAAAGUCAAAUCGUAAUGAAUGCAUUUUUACUGAAAAUGGUUUUAUAUAUUUAUUUGACAAACCAAGUUCUGAUUCGCUUAAAAAAUUUUGGCAGUGUAAAUACAAACGUAAGUGUAAGGCACGCGUUCAUACAGGAAUUGAUAAUUUAGAAGUACUGAAACGUAUUAAUGAACACACUCAUGAUUCGGAGGCUGCAAAAGUCGAGGCGAUGGUUGCCAUUAAUCGUUUGAAAAAUAGAGCAGCUGAAACCAUGGAACCAACAUCAACUGUAAUCAACGAAUGUAUAUCUGGAUUAUCAGAAGCGGCUAAGGGUGAAAUUUCAUCAAGUCUAGCAUUGAAAAAAGUAGUCCGACGGAAACGAAAUGAAAUUAAAGCAUCACCAAAUGCACCACAAGAUUUAUUAACUUUAGAAAUUCCAGACUCCUUUAAAGUAUACUCACCAUCAGCAGGUAUGACUGAACCAUUUUUACUAGACGAUAGUGGACCGGGCAUCGAUCGUAUUUUAAUUUUUGGAAGAAACCGUAGUUUAGACAUUUUAUACAAUUCAAAAGUUUGGUACUGUGAUGGAACGUUUAAAAUCGCUCCAGUUAUUUUUUCUCAAGUUUUUGUCAUACUUGCUGAAGCUUUGGGAGGUUUACACCCACUAAUAUACACUUUAUUGCCAAACAAACAAGAAAAAACAUACACUCAUUUAUUUAAAAUGUUAAACGUCCAUUUGUCCCUGUUCGCUCAUCAAAUACUACAUCUUUUCCCACUAUAA